AUGCAUCCAGUCGUUAAAGAAGGAGAUCACGAUAAGGAAUGUGUGGAUUUAAUGAAUGCUCUGAUGGAGUGCCAUAAAAACAGACCUAUCACUCAAAUGCUCAACGGGUGUUUAGAGCCUAAAGCAGCACUCGAUAAAUGUCUUGAUAAAGAAUAUGAACGGCGAUAUGAACAAAAUCAAAAGGAGGCUGCACAAGUCUAUCCCGCAUUCCGUAACCUCAUGAAGAUGAAAGAAGAAAAGGAAAAACAAUCUAGAGAAAAUAGAAAAUUAACUGCGGAGGAGAAGGCAAAACUUUUGGAACGAGAGGGAAAUAAACUUUAA